AUGUCUAGUGAAGUCCUGGCUCAUUAUUCUCUCCAUCUGCCGGUGGUUCUCACAUGUGACGCUAGUAGUUUGGGGGUAGGUGCUGUGGUGUCUCACAUUACGCCGGACGGCGAGCGGCCGGUAGCGUACGCGUCACGAACACUCAAUGCAGCAGAGAAGGGCUAUUCCCAAAUUGAACGUAAAGCACUAAGUAUAAUAUUUGGGGUGAGGAAAUUCCACCAAUAUUUAUACGGUAGAGACUUCACUUUACGAACCGACCACAAGCCUCUGGUAUCUAUUUUUGGCGAAAAGAAAGGAAUACCAGUAAUGGCAGCUAGUAGACUUCAACGGUGGGCGGUAUUGCUAGCCGGAUAUAAUUUUAAUAUUGAAUAUGUGCGCAGUGAGAAUAACGCGGCAGACGCCCUGUCCCGUUUACCGGUAAAAAGAUCGGUCGGUUUAACGAAAGAGGUUACGUAUUUGAAUUUUGUUCAAGAUUUUUUACCCAUAGAUAAAAAAAUGGUUCAGGUUAGCACAGAAAAAGAUCCUUUAUUAAGGCAAAUAGUAAGUUACUUACAGGCCGGGUGGCCAUUAUCAGUAAACGAUAGGGAGGUCCAACCUUACUUUUUACGACGAAACGAAUUGUAUAUGGACAGGGGCUGCAUGGUUUGGGGCUACCGGUUAGUAAUCCCAGAAGUGCUGCGGGAAAAAUUAUUACGGGAGCUGCAUGUGGGACACAUGGGUAUUGUAAAAAUGAAGAGUAUGGCGCGCAGUGUGAUGUGGUGGCCGGGCAUCGACGCGGACGUGGAGCGUGCCUGCAGGAGCUGCGGCACGUGCGCAGCGGAGAGCUCGGCGCCGCCGCGCGCGCCGCCGCAGCCCUGGCGGUACUUGACAGAUGCCUGGACCAGAUUACAUAUCGAUUUCUUGGGACCCGUACAGGGUAGAACUUUUUUGAUUCUUAUCGAUUCGACUUCUAAAUGGUUAGAGGUUUUUCAAAUGCAGUCGACCACGGCGAAAUCCGUAAUUAAGGUAUUAAGAGAGACAUUCGCGCGUUUCGGUUUACCACGGGAAGUAGUUUCAGAUAACGGACCACCCUUUACGAGCCACGAGUAUAAUAGUUUUAUGUCACAUAAUCGGAUCAAGGUCACCUUUGCGGCCGCAUACCAUCCGGCGUCCAACGGGGCCGCGGAAGCGGCGGUCAAGUUGUGCAAGCGGGCAAUUAAAAAGGCUAUGCGGGAUGGUGGCGAUAUAGAUGCAGCGUUGCAGGCUUACCUUUCUAGCGUAUCGAAAUGUAGAACAUAG